UUGUCAUCAAAUCUUCAUAGCUGACAAAAUUCCAAUCUUCUUUACAGAGAAAAUCCCCAAACCUUUAUCUGUCAUGGAGGUGGAAAACAGAGAAGUAGUUCUGAUAACUGGCUGCUCAAAUGGCGGAAUAGGGCAUGAGCUAGCUCGAGCUUUUGCUGCUAAGAAUUGCCUGGUUGUAGCUACAGCUCGAUCCCUUACAUCCAUGUCCGAUUUCCAAAAUGACCCACGAUUCUUUCUUCAAGAACUUGAUGUUUUAUCUGAACAAAAUAUGGCCAAUGUACUCACAAAAGUUCUUGACAAAUUUGGGCGAAUUGAUGUUCUUGUUAAUAACGCUGGUGUACAGUGUGUUGGGCCUCUUGCUGAACUCCCUUUAUCUUCUAUUCAACAUACCUUCAAUACCAAUGUUUUUGGUCCCAUAAGGUUAAUUCAAUCUGUUGUCCCGCACAUGGCAUCCAGGAAACAGGGGAAAAUUGUCAAUGUUGGAAGUUGUAGUGCUUUGUCUCCAGGUCCAUGGGCAGGUGCUUAUAGUUCAUCCAAAGCUGCUGUACAUUCAUUUACUGAUACCUUGAGACUGGAACUUAGGCCAUUUGGCAUUGAUGUCAUCUCUGUUGUCCCUGGAGCUGUGACAUCCCACAUUGGAGACACUGCCAUUGCCAAUUACACUCAAAUGCCAGAGUGGAAGUUGUACAAGAAUUUUGAAGAAUCAAUCCGGGCACGAGCACAGUUCUCACAAGGCCCAAAUUCAACUCCUGCAGAAGAAUUUGCAAAGAGGACCGUGAACGCGGUGCUGAAGAAGAAACCUCCAGCUUGGUUUUCUAUUGGCCAUUUGUCUACUGUUACUGCAAUCAUGUACCAUCUUCCAAUUUUUAUCAGAGACUUCAUUGUCAGGAAAGGAAUGAAGUGUUGAUACUGCAUUCUUAGAUUUGUAUC